AUGUCCAGAUACCCCCUGCUGGCAACCACAGGGCUACUUGUAACCCAAGCUAUUGCCGGAGGUCUCAAUGUUCCCCUGCCGGACAAUAACCUUUUCGACUACAUCGUAGUUGGCGGUGGUCCGGCAGGUCUCACAGUCGCAAACCGUCUCAGCGAGAAUGCCAACGUGCAAGUCCUACUACUGGAAGCUGGAGACGCCGACAACUAUCCUGAGAGCAUUAUGAUUCCAUACUAUCAAGGUGCGGCUGGAUCCGUCAAUGGAAAAUGCGGUGGAUUCAAUUGGUGUGACCAAACUGUUGCACAGACUUAUCUCGAUGGUGGCAGCAGAACGAUACCACAGGGCAAAGGCCUGGGAGGCGGUACUCUCAUCAACGCCAUGCUAUGGAACCGUGGCGACCGCGAGGACUACGAUAUCUGGUCUCAAUUAAAUGAUGCACAAAACGGAUGGGACUAUGAAUCACUUCUUGAAUUUUUCCAAAGGAGUGAGACUUUCAACCAACAGCCCUCAGAGGAGAUCGCAACGACCUAUGGUCAGGGGUAUGAUGCCUCUCAGCACGGCGAGGCUGGACCACAGAAUGUCUCCUUUCCGGCAUUCCAAUAUCCGGCGAGCCAGCAGUUCUUUGCUGCUUUGAACCGCAUGGGAGUACCGACACAACCUGAUCCUGCUGCCCCCACCGAAAAGGGAGCCAUGUACCUCCCUCAAGGCAUUUCUCAAUACAACCAGUCUCGUGCAGACGCCCGUCGCGCCCGAUGGGAUACCGUUGCCGGCCGUGAGAACUUCUACGUCUCUACUGGUCAACACGUCCGCCGUAUUCUGUUUGACAAUGGCUGUGCUGCUCCUGGAAGCAAGGGUGCCCGAGCUGUCGGAGUCGAGGUCACGGGUGGCGGACGCAAUGGCAAGACAUGGACCGCUGUAGCCGCUCGCGAAGUCAUCCUCGCCGCUGGCGCCAUACGUACUCCUCAGCUGUUGGAGCUCAGUGGUAUCGGAGACAGGAACGUGCUCGCCAAAGCUGGAGUACAAAGUCGCAUCAACUUGCCAGGUGUAGGCUCAAACCUCCAGGACCACAUGCUGAUGCACAUGACUCAAGGCUUCAACAACCAAAGCUAUGUUUACCCGAACAUCAUGCAGAACUCGACUAUCAACGACUGGGCACGGUCGAUCUACUACAAGAAUCGUACUGGACCUUACACCUUUGGACCUCCGGAUGGCAAUGGCUUCUUCUCGCUCCCCCAGAUCUCAGAUCGAGCGCGAGAGAUUGCUCAGAACGCCUCAUCGUUCUCUGACGAAGAGUAUCUGGCUGACGGGCUGGACGAGAGUGUCAUCCGCGGUUAUGCUCGUCAACGUGCUCUUCUCAUUCCUGCUCUCAACAACAGCAGACGUGCCGUGAUCGAGUUCUUGCAGGAUAAUGCAGGCAACACUCAGAUCUCCAAUCAGCGUCCGUUCACUCGUGGAAAUGUGCACAUCAACGGAACCGAUCCUUUCAAUUACCCUACUCUCGACUUCCGUUAUGGUAGCAACCCUAUCGAUAUGGCUGUCAUGACAGAUGCAUUGCGUUUCAACGAUGAGUUGUUCCAACAGCCAGAACUCCAGAUUCUUGAGCCUGUGCAGAAGGACCCCCCUCAUGCUGCCAGUGACGCUCAACUCCGAGAGUUUUUGAACCGCGCUUUGGGUACUGAGUUCCACCCGUCUUGCACUGCUGCAAUGAUGCCUAGAGAGGACGGUGGUGUUGUUGACUCCAACUUGCUAGUAUACGGUACUCAGAACAUUCGUGUGGUGGACGCCAGCAUUUUCCCCAUUAUUCCUUCUGCUCACCUUGAGUCUGUCAUCUACGGUGUAGCUGAGAAGGCUGCAGACCUGAUCAAGAAGUCUACUGAGACUGGUAGCGUUCCGUACCUACCCCUUGAUCAAACACAGUGUACCACAGCACCGGUUGGCAAUGCUAAGCGAGCUGUACAGGCCGGUCAACCACAGGCGUACGGUUCUGCCACAGCUGUCUAUUCAGCAUCGUCGUCAUCCUAUUCCGGCUCUGCCUCCUACUCAAACAACAGCACUGCAUCAUACGACAGCUCAUCAAGCGCGCCGGAUCUUACUGGCUCUUCGGGAAGCUCAGACGAUGGCCCCAUCGGUAUGGUCGGUGGUUUCCCUGCUGUUGGUUACCCGAACUACAACCCUUCAAGUGUCAAAGGCUUCGAUAUCCUGGCAUCUGAUCGUCCAGCUUCCAUUGGUCUUCCAGUUGGGGCUGCCUUGAAGUGGGCCGAUUGUCUCAUUCAUGGUCUUGUUGUUGAUCCUCUCGAAGGUCUUGUGAGCACCGUUGAUCAUAUCGUGGAGGGCACGGGUCAAGUGCUGAAGAACACGACUGACACGGUUCUUGAUGGUGUUGGGGAUGUCCUAAACCACACUGUCGAGGCUACGAUCAAAUCGUCAGGCCUUGGGUCUGGCAUCUUGGAUGGCAUUGAUGCGAAGAACGAACGACGCUUUGUCGCUUGA